AAAACAAUGUGCAUUUCGCAGAAUAUUUGAUUUUUGGUUAUUUAGAAGUCAUUAAAAUAAAAUGGGCCUAACAAAACAAUAUUUGCGUUAUGCUCCAAGUGGUACAUUUAAUAUUAUUGCCAGUGCAGAUUGCAAUAGCGCACAUGUUUCUUUAAAUGGAAUUAGUGGAAGAUACAUUGCGGUUGGAGCAUGUGAGCAUGUUAUUAUUUGGGAUAUGAGAAUAGGAGAAAAGGCUCAAGUAAUUCCCGGAGAAAAUGUGGUUGUAUCUCAAAUAGCAGCGAGUCCAACAGGCAAUCACAUGGCUGUAGGCUAUGUUGAUGGCAACAUAAAUGUAUUUGAGUUGACUAACAAUGAGAUUGUAUGUGUCUUUGCUGGUCACAAGUCUGCCGUUACCAGUUUGCAAUAUGACGAACAGGGCCAUAGGAUUGUCUCUGGAUCUAAGGAUACUGAAGUAAUUCUCUGGGAUGUGGUGUCAGAAACUGGUGUCGCUCGAUUUAGUGGACAUAAAGGAGCAAUAACAAGUGUUCUAUUUAUUAAUGGUAAAAAUUGUAUAGUCAGUUCAUCCAAGGAUACAUUUGUAAAGUUCUGGGAUAUUGAAACUAAGCACUGCUUUAAAACGCUAGGAGGACAUCAAGUAGAGGUAUGGUCAGCAGUAUUAUUAAAAGAGGAGAGAUAUUUGGUAACUGGCAGCAUGGAUCAGGAGUUACGUGUGUGGAAGUUGAACUGGACGGACAAGAUGAAAGAAGAAGAUAAAUUAGUACAACAACUUGAAAUUGUAAAGAUUGAAGAGACGGACAAUACUGAAGAUACUUCUGUUUUGCAAUGUCACCAAGUAGGAACAUUAGUACGUGGAGGUAGAGGACGAGUGGUGGGACUGUGCUCAGACCCCGGACAGACUGUACUUGGUUGCUUUGGCACAGACUCACUAUUAGAGUUGUUUAUCUUCUGCUCCGAUGAAGAGGCAAAAGCAAGGAUGACUAAACGAGUUAAGAAGCAGCGGAAGAAACUUGCUAAGCUGAAAGAAAGCGGCGAAGCUGACGCAGAUGCGGUCGAAGUGACGGAACUUCUGACACUGUCAGAUGAGGUGCGACGUCUGACGUCUGUCAAAUUGUCAGCUAAGAUUAAAUCAGCCAGUUUACUGCUCGGUAUGACAGGCGAGGUGAGAGUGGGCGUCACAUUAGCUAACAAUACCGUUGAAAUGCACAGUUUGAAACUAGGAGAAGAGAAUGAUGUGAAAUGUUUGAAACAAAUAACGCAGCCGGGGCACCAGAAGGAGCCGCGCUGCGUCGCCAUUAGCUCAGACAACCUCGCCAUCAUCUCCGCAGCAGCUGACUCUAUUAAACUAUGGAAUCGGACGAGUCAAGCGUGUAUCCGCACUAUCCCGGUGCCAUGCGGGCGACCGUGCUCCGUGUGCUUCCUGCCCGGUGAUAGACAUGCUGCGGCGGGCUGCGCGGACGGCACGCUGCUGUUGCUCGACGUGGCCGCAGCCACCGUCGCAGAGCAGAUACCCGCGCACACCGCAGCUUGUAACUCCGUUGGUCUACUGCCGGAUCUUCGCGGAUGCUACACUGGAGGAGCGGAUAAGACUGUGAAGCUUUGGCAAUUUGAACUUAUACCGGACCCCACGGGAGACUCCAAGGCAAAGGUGCUCUCUCUACUUCACACGAGGACGCUGGAGCUGGAGGAAGCUGUGUGCGCAGUCAAAGUCAGCCCUAACAACAAAUUCAUCGCAGUUGGAUUAAUGGAUUCCACUGUCAAAAUAUUCUUUCUUGAUACUUUUAAGUUCUACCUAUCUCUCUACGGUCAUAAACUGCCAGUGCUCUGCCUAGACAUUAGCUAUGACUCUACUUUGAUAGCAACAGGCUCCGGCGACAGGAACGUCAAGAUCUGGGGCAUGGACUUCGGAGACUGUCACAAAUCUAUAUUUGCUCACAAUGAUUCUGUGACAGCGCUGCAGUUUGUGCCCAGCACUCACUAUCUGUUCACUGCCUCCAAAGAUGGCAAGAUAAAGCAGUGGGAUGCGGAUACAUAUGAGAAUAUCAUCACAUUGAACGGUCACGCGGGUGCAUGUUGGUGCGUGUGUGUGGGUGCAGGCGGGCUGGUGAGUGCGGCGUGUGGUGCUGACGGCGCGCUGCGGCUCUUCUCCCGCACAGAUGAGCCGCUCGUGCUCGGAGACCUCGACGAACAGGAGGAGGGGCUCGCCACGGGAGAACAUCAUGCUCCAGUUCCCGGAUUACCUGGUUUGGUGAUGCCGACGAAGAAGACUAUAGGCGCGGAGAAAGCGGCGGAUUCGAUACUGGAAUGUCUGUCUGUUGGUGCGGAGUACGAGCGCGAGGUGACAGCGGCUCGCGGCCAGCAGGUGCCGGUGCCGCUGCUCAUGGCCGCGUACAACUGCACCACCGCUGAGGACUUCCUACUGGAGACUCUUAGGAAGAUACGCUCCAGUGAUUUAGAAGAGGCGUUGCUCCUACUGCCGUUGAGUGCGGCGGGUGAGAUGGUCCGGUUGGUGGGGGCGCUGCUGUCGCGUGCUGGCGGCGAGCACGCCGAGCUGCUGGCGCGCGCCGCGUGCUUCCUGCUGCGCGUGCACCGCGCGCCGCUGCUGGCCGACACCAACCACCUCAAGCACCUCAUACAGAUACAGGCCCGAGCUCACAUGCGCAUCAAUGAACUCAGAGACAUGGUGGGGUGCAACCUGCACGCGCUGCAGUGGGCGAGGCGCGAGGUGGAGGCGAGUCACAGCGAGCAGCUGUUCCGUGCGUCCACAAGCGAGCGCCGCACACGACACGCACGCACACGACUGCGACACGCACUCAAACGACCUAUAGUCACUAUCACUUAG